UCUCGGGAGACCAGACUCUGUCACUUCUCAGACCUCCGGUGGUGGCCAUGGCUCUGCCGCCCUUCUUCGCCCCGGGUCGGCCGGGCCCGCCGCCCCCGCAGCCGCUGCCUCCCGCUCCCUUUGGCUGUCCGCCACCGCCGCUGCCCUCCCCGGCUUUUCCGCCGCCUCUUCCCCAGCGGCCCGGCCCCUUUCCGGGGGCCUCCGCCCCCUUCCUCCAGCCCCCGCUGGCUGUGCAGCCCCGAGCGCCUGGGGAAGCCUCGCGCGGCGGCGGCGCCUUCUACCCGGUGCCGCCGCCGCCGCUGCCUCCGCCGCCGCCUCAGUGCCGACCUUUCCCGGGGAUCGACGCCGGCGAGCGCCCGCGGCCGCCGCCUCCAGGCCCGGGGCCGCCCUGGAGCCCGCGCUGGCCUGAGGCGCCGCCGCCCGACGUGCUUGGGGACUCGGCCCUGCAGCGCCUGCGCGACCGGCAGUGGCUGGAGGCGGUGUUCGGAGCCCCGCGGCGAGCGGGCUGCCCGGUGCCCCCGCGCGCGCCGGUCGGGCCCACCCUGGGUGAAGUGCGCGCGCGGUUGCGCGGGGCUCUGCGCCUGGUGCGGCGGCUGCGGGAUCUGGGCCAGGCCCUGCGCGAGGCUGAGGAGGACGGCGCGGCCUGGGCACUGCUGCACGCCCAGGCGGCGCCGCUGCGCGCGGAGCUGGCUGAGCGACUCCAGCUGCUGACCCAGGCCGCCUAUGUGGGCGAGGCUCGGCGGAGGCUGGAGAGGGUCCGGCGCCGCCGGCUGCGGCUCCGCGAGAGGGCCCGGGAACGCGAGGCCGAGCGGGAGGCGGAGGCCGCGCGAGCUGCGGAGCGCGAGCAGGAGAUUGACCGCUGGAGGGUCAAGUGCGUUCAGGAGGUGGAGGAGAAGAAGCGGGAGCAGGAACUUAAAGCUGCUGCCGAUGGUGUCUUGUCUGAAGUGAGGAAAAAACAAGCAGACACCAAAAGAAUGGUGGACAUCCUUCGGGCCUUGGAGAAAUUGAGGAAACUCAGGAAAGAGGCUGCAGCAAGGAAAGGGGUCUGUCCUCCAGCCUCAGCAGAUGAGACUUUUGAGCAUCAUCUUCAGCGACUGAGAAAACUCAUUAAAAAACGCUCUGAACUAUAUGAAGCUGAAGAGAGAGCCCUCAGAGUUAUGUUGGAAGGAGAACAAGAGGAAGAGAGGAAAAGAGAACUAGAAAAGAAACAGAGGAAAGAAAAAGAGAAAAUUUUAUUGCAGAAGCGGGAAAUUGAGUCCAAGUUAUUUGGGGAUCCAGAUGAGUUCCCACUCGCUCACCUCUUGCAGCCUUUCAGACAGUAUUACCUCCAAGCUGAGCACUCCCUGCCUGCACUCAUCCAAAUAAGGCAUGAUUGGGAUCAAUACCUGGUGCCAUCUGAUCAUCCUGAAGGCAAUUCUGUUCCCCAAGGAUGGGUCCUUCCACCGCUCCCCAGCAACGACAUCUGGGCAACUGCCAUUAAGCUGCAUUAGUAAAGACGCUCCAGGAGUGUGGACCAGGCAACGCUCUUUGCAGCUCUGAAUAUCAGUGAUGCUGCCAUCUUCUCGUGCUGCAGACUAAACAACAACCUGUAAACUCCACAUGGCAUAGCCCUUCCCAGAAGUUCAUUUUCCUUCCAUGCUCUGUCCUGGCCAAAUGUGCUUUGGAAUCGGAUUAACACGGUUCUUUGGAAAGGCGCUAGGUGAACUGAGGCUAUUGCCACUGAAUUUGCCUCUGUUUUGAGGGGCUUGGUCCAGAGUGACUGGCUAAUUUACUCAACUUCCUUGUGUGGCAGUGGGUAAGUACGUGCCAUACACUCAACACAGGUGUGCUCUGGGUAGUUUAGUAGCCCUCCCCCCACUACAGAGUGUGAAGACAAGCUUGAUGCAAAACCUCCAUAUCCUUCCUACCCGUGUGGCCCUCUAAUUCCAGGAAGAAAGGGGAAAAUGCUUUAUCUGUGAAGCCCACUUUUGGUGCAGCUUGAGAGGCUGUGGGCUGUAGGCUGGGCUGGCAGUAAAGCUGGUGGCGUAGUCGGGUACUCAUUUGGAGACCUCAGGACACCUGAAGAGUACCCACACCUACACUGGAUCGUGUUUUAAUGGGUGACGGCUACAUGUUCCCUAUGUUAGAAGGAUCCUAAUGAAAGGAACUGCUUUGUAAGUUCCCAGAGGUCUAGUUGUUCAGAGUCCCUAAGGAUAGAAAUUUAUUUCCCUAUGGGAAUAGGACCUUAACCUCAAGUACUCAGAAGGGGCCGAUAUAACUGUGGAAUUUCUUAGGAAUAUUCACGUAGUGAAAGCUGGGGGAAAGCAGAUAAAAAUAAUGAAGUUUAUUUUUUUAUAUUCAUUAAUAAAUAAAAGCUCUUGUGCCUGAAGAUGAUCAGUGAUAUAACAUGUCAGUUUUUCUGUUUUAUUUUGCCUUUUGUCAUUUACUGUUAUUUAUAUUUCCAAAAACCUGAAUAAAUAUUUUUAUUUUUUAGUUUGAGCCUUUGCUCCCAAUUUGUUGCCUCCCAAAUCACUGCACACACUUUCACACUAAGACACAUUUUCACUCUGAAAUUCAAGUUUAUUAAAAAGGCACUUGCUAGAGGAGAGUGGAUCUACACCCCGAACUCUGUCUGUGGAAUCCAACUAUGGGUAGGCUGGGAAGGAUGCCAUCAACCUUAAAAUGAUUUCAGAAGCUGUUGGGUGCAAGAUGCUAAGACCUUUGUUCUUUUCCGUUGUUUAAUUGGCACUGUGAAAUUUACGUAGUGUGCAUUACACAGUUAACAGUAUAUGAGCCAGCACUCCAAAGUGUGUCUAAGCUCAUAAUCUGAAAUCUGAUGUGAUUAGCUUCACUUGACCCCAUAGGCUUGUGUGCCCUUUUGUUAUAAAUCUCCACCAUUUGCUCUCUGAGGAGGUGCAGGAACAUAGAAAUAAAAGGGGACUGGUACAGUACGUUGUAUGUUUGGGGUCCAGAUAGCCUUGCCAGUAAGACAGCUGCAUUGAUGGGUCAGGGAGUGUAAAGCGGGGACUCAGGCAGCACAACCCAAGGAAAAGGUAUUGAAUGCCAGGUGGAAAAAACCAUUCCCUCUUGCCUUUGGCAACUUCAGUGUUUUAAUAAAGCGAGUGUUUUCUUUGUC